AUAGUCGAAGAUUAAAGUGGAAUUUGCGUUAAACGUCGUCUGCAAGUUUGCUAUAACAUUUUUGACAUAUAUAAAUCGUAUAUGUCAAACUGACAGUAGCGGUUUUUAAACAAAAUUAAUUGUCACAAAGUGUUAAAAAAUCAAGAUACACCAUUUGGAGAAAAAUGUCAAAAAUCGAAGAAGGAAAUGCUCACAUACGACAGGCAGAGAAAAGCCUAAAAACAACUUUAUUAAAAUGGAGACCAGAUUACGAAGUUGCAGCUGAUGAAUAUAAUCACGCAGCAACAUGCUUUCGUAUUGUCAAAUCAUAUCAACAAUGCAAAGAUUGUUUAAUGAAAGCAGCUGACUGUUAUAAACAAAACAGAUCAUGGUUUCAUGCAGCCAAAAGCUUUGAACAGGCUCUACUAAUUUGUAAGGAAAUGGGAACUCUUUCAGAAGUUCCAAAGCUUGCACAUUCGGCAUGUUCUUUAUAUCAACAACAUGGAUCUCCAGAAUCAGGAGCAACUGUUUUGGAUAAAGGAGCAAAAUUAAUAGAAGCUACAGAUCCUGAAAUGGCCUUAGAAUUAUAUAAACGAGCAGCUGAUGUUGUUAUGGGAGAAGAUAGUCCACGACAAGCAGCUGAAUAUAUGAGUAAAGCAGCAAGAAUUUUGGUGAAAUUAAAAAUGUACGAUCAAGCAACAGAUGCUAUUCGAAGAGAAAUAGGAAUGCAUCAACAAAUUGAUCAUAUGCCUUCAAUAGGAAGAUUAGCUGUUGUAUUAGUUCUUGUGCAACUUGCACGAGGUGAUCAAGUUGCAGCGGAAAAAGCCUUUAAGGAAUGGGGAAAUUGCUGUGAUGUUCCCGAAAUACAAACUUUGGAAAUGUUAUUACAAGCCUAUGACAAUGAAGAUGCUGACGCAGCAAGAGCAGCAUUAAAUAGUCCCUUUAUUAAACAUAUGGAUGUAGAAUAUGCAAAAUUAGCGAGAGGACUACCAUUACCACAACAAGAAUACGCUGUACCACCAGCAGGAAUUCGUGCAAAUGCUGCGGAAUCUUAUAUUUCACCUAACGCCAGUAAACUAACAGGACAAGCAACUGUCGAAGCAGAAGUCAAUCAAGAAAAUCAAGAAACCACAAAAGAGAACGUAAAUGAAUCAGAAAUUAAAGAAACAAGUUCUGCGCCAAUUCCUUCAGAACCGGUAAAUCAAGACGAAGAUGAAGAGUACGAAGGAGGAUUAUGUUGAUCAGCUUUACAAAAUACUAUAGCUCACAAUUUAUCUUUAAAAAUCUAUUGGCAUUCUCUCUGUAGAAAAAUCAUCCUUUUAUGUUUAAUUAAAAAAUUGUUUUUUUAAAUGACAUAAUUAUAAAAAAUAAUAUAUAAAAAAACAGAAUUUUUUGACAAAAAACUUAAA